CCACAGAAUCUUUCCCCAACGAACCAGAUCCUCUUCCUCCUAUCUCGAUUUCACCAGCACAGAAUCCCACUCGAUUUCACCAGCACAGAGAAUCCCACGGUGAGAUGGCGACACCGCGGCGGGUGCUGUCGGAGGAUCUCAUCGGCGAGAUCUUCCUCCGCCUCCCGCCGGACCAUCCGGCAUGCCCCUUCCGCGCGUCGGCCGUCAGCCAGGCGUGACGUACCUUCCUCACCGACCCCGACAUCCUCCGCCUCUACCGCCAGCUCCACACGGCGCCGCCGGUUCUGGGCUUCCUGCAGCACACCGGCCGCCCCGACAGCCCGUUCGCGCACAUCAUAACCACCGCCACCCCCUCGCCGCCGCUCCGCCGCCCGGACAUCGAGUGCUCGCUCUCGCUCGAGCUCGACUGCCGCCAUGGCCGCGUGCUGUUCCACACCAUAAACCCCCUCGGCCUCAUCGUCUGGAACCCCGUCACCGGCGGCCACCACUUCCUGCCCUACCAGCUCGACCAUCCCCAGCCUGCCUUCAGCCACUUCGCCGGAGCGGUGCUCUGCGCCGCCGACGGCUGCGACCACCUCGACUGCGGCGAGGGCCCCUUCCGCGUGGUGUUCGCGGCCACCGUCGACGAGGACGUCGACGUGGUCUUCACAUGGGCGAGACUCUACUCCUCGGAGUCCGGAUCCUGGACCGCGCCGGCCACAGUCUACCCCGGCGCCCUCAUGGAGUCCCCCGACGUGAUGGGCCCGAGCCUGCUCGCCGGCGACGCGCUCUACUUCACCCUGGACCUCCUCAACAACCGCACCAUUCUCAGGUACGAUUUGGGCGGGGGCGCCCUGUCGGUGAUGGAACCUCCACCAUUGGUUAGGAGGGACACGUUCCUGGUAACGGGGGAGGACGGGGGGCUGGGUGUUGCCGCCGUGGAGGGAUACAGCCUCCACCUCUGGUCCUGGAAGGCUGCUGGCGGAUGGGCGCCGCCCAGGGUGUCGAUACCAUUUACCAUCGGAGACCCCAUCACCGAGCUCAAGGUGAUCGGCUUUGCGGAGAUGUCUGGUACCAUCUUCGUAAGUGUAAAUGGCGUAAUCUCCAGUGUCCAGAUGAGGUCUGGCAGAGUCAGCAAAUUCAGCAGGACCCCAGACUCCAACACUAUCUUUCCCUUCGAGAUGUUCUACACUCUAGCAGGAAUGCAGGGCGCAUAAGGAGCUCAAGUUUCUGGUGCAUGGUCUUCAACAUCAAGCUUGAAGCGUGUAGAGAUGAAGACAGAUAGCUUUCUUGGCCUUCCCUGCAAGAUGGUGACUGCAACAGAAUUGUAGUACUCUCUUUGUGCUUUUGGGAACUUGAGUUUGCAAUCAGAUUAGGAGAAUGAUAUGAUUCCUCAUGUUACAUCGAUGGUUUUCCCAUGAAUACAUGAUUACAAAGGUUAACUAUGCUUGUUUGAGAUUUUCAGUGUGGUUAAAGUUCAUCUCAUCUUCGGCGGCCUUCUUGGAAUUUUGAACUGAUGUGUGACUCUGCUUCUCUUUUCCUGAAGAAAGAAUCUGUGUGGGUCUGUCUCAGUACAAUGUGUCAAACAUGGUUUGCACAAGUAGCUUCAGAAUUUAAUUUAUUCAUGGACAUGUUAGGUGGAUUUGAAAAUGUUUGAAAUUAUGCUGGUAUGGUUUCAUUCUGUUUGUACAGUAUAAACUGAGUGAGUUUUUUAAAUGCAAAUUGAAAUUUCAGACUAAUAACCUAGAUAUCUGUGACCAAGUGCUGGUGGGUCCAGUGCUUGACAAACUAAGGUGCUCACUUCUCAGUCAAAGGGGAAGUGGGUUAUUUUUUUUUUGUGUGUGUGGAACACCUGUUUAGCACCAAUGAGAUUAGUGCUGGCCUAAUUUUUUGACAUUUAGUGGUUCUGCUUAAGGGAUCUUAUCUCUACAAGUAUUUAGCAAGGUUGAUCAUGGUGUCAGGUUUUGAUGGACAUUUUUGUAAGUUUAUAACCAAGGUGUUACCCUACUCUGCGUUAACUCCAGAAUAUUUGCGUUGCCUUGGAAUUCUAGAAUGAAUAAUCGGACAUAGGCACCUGAAAUUGAAACACUGCAACUUCAUAAGCAUCAUGUUACUCUUGUGGUCUGUCUCAGUACAAUCUUUUAAACAUGGUUUGCACAAGUAGCUUCAGAUUUAAUUUAAUUCAUGUACAUGGUAGGUGGAAAUAGAAAAUUUUGAAGUUAUACUGGUACGGAUUCAGUUUGUUUGUGUUGUACUCCCUCCGUUCCAAAUUACUAUUCGUUUUGGCUUUUCUAGGUACAUAGCUUUAGAUAUGCAACUAUAUAUAUGCUAUAUCUAGAUACAUAGUAAAAGUUAGUAAAACCAAAACGAAUAGUAUUUUGGGACGGGGAGAGUUUAUAAACUAAAUGAGUUUUUUAAAUAAAAAAUUGAAAUUCCAGACUAAUAACUUGGAUACUUGUGUUAAGCAAGAGAUUUACUUCUAUUUAAUAAUUUUGUUUUGAAUUUAGUUUUAUCUUUUAAGAGUGGUUGUUCACAUUGGAGCUGUGGAUAAGAUGUUCUGCUGUUUGGUUAGCAUUAGCAAUAACUUGUUGGGUCCUUCUUGUUGGCCAAAGAAAAGAAGUUCAUUGAGAACAAAUGCUGCACCCUCAACCAGUUGAUAUUACUUUCAUAAUUUGUCUAUUUCUGUAACAUUGGGAGCAAUCUCUGCAUGUGAAGGACCAAUCACGGUCGCGUCAAGUGAUUGACUAACUUAGGUGCUCACAGUCACAUGUGAGCUUCUCAGUCAAGGGGAAAUGGUGAACAUCAUGGAUUGUUUUGGUGGAACACCUCUUUACAUCAAUGAGAUUAGUACUGGCCUAAUUUGUUAACCUUAACUGGUUCUUCUUAAGGCAUAUUAUCUCUUCAAAUUUUUAACUUGGUUCAUCAUGGUGAUAAGUUUUGAACCUUUUGCAAGGUUAUAACCAAUUUGUUCCUGUACUCUAUGUUUUGUACACUGCAUUUGAAUUCUAGAAUGAAUAAUUGGAUAGGGGCAUUUGAAAUUGCAACACUGCAACUUCAAGUGUCAUGUUACUCCUGCCCAGUUUUAGUUGGGCUUAACAUUUUGUGGCUUCAAAUGAUUGCACAAGAGAGACUUGUUAGUUUGUUAUGAUAUCUAGUGUGGGAAUGUGUUGAAUUUUCAAAAUAGUAUGUAUUUUAUAUUUGUGCAUCUCCAAACAGCAAUGGAUUUUAACAAGAUUAUUGAAUAGUAUGCAGCUUAAGCCUAGGAUCACAAGAAAACUGCAAGGAGCUCAGCCAGCAAGCUCAUCGGGUCAUCAGUUUUCUCUAAAACACUUAUCAUCCUAUAUCUUGAUUUCAGCUAUAAGUAGUAUGAUUUUUUAGAUUUUGUUUAUCAUCCUGGAUCUUGAUUUCAGCUAUAAGAAGUAUGAUUUUUAGAUAAUGGUAAGUAGUAUGAUUUAUUCUACUAGACAUUUAUUGACCAACUAGAAAUCAAGCCAUGCAUACAGAAUUUCAGAUACCAAGUCUUCUUCCUUGCUGCAGAAUAUGAUGUUUAUUGGGAUGCUGUGGUCGUUGUUCAAGCUCUGCUCCCCUGUCGAGAAUCCUGACUCCGAGUACAUAUGCUGGCCAAGGAAGUCCGUACCACAUCUCCGGCUUGCUACCAAAAUCUCUGAUUCGUGUACAUCUGACGAAACAGUCGCCAACGUUUGAGUUCAAGUUUACCAUUACCAACUAUCCUAUCUCAGAGUGUGUUCAUGAAAAAUUUAUCAGCCUAUCUGGUUACACUUUGACCGUCAACCAAGUUCUAGUUUUACUUCUGUUUCCUCAGUUCGCUGGCAUGAGCCCAGUAAGUCGAUGGAGGGUUAAUCCAUUUCUUCGGUGUGCUGUGUGCAUGCUCAGGACUAGUGAAGAGCGGGACUAGCUGUUACUUGCAGACAUUGUAUUCAGGAAAUUGAACUGAACAUUUUUCCUUGGUUAUUGUGCAACUGUGCAAGAGGUGUAAAUCUUGCUGUAAAUCAUCCAUUUCCUUAAUGGCUCUGGUUAUAUUGGGAAAAUAACUGUCAGUGUUGGUUUU